UGGCGUCGACGAUACAGGAUCCCUGUGCGGAAAACGCGGAAAUGUAACAAAGUAACAUUGUUCCAUCAGAGACGCCGUAGAACAAACCUGCUACUCUGUUUUGGGACAAUUAUCCAGCCACUCUCACGCCGUAACUCAGUUACACAACUAUUAGAAGAUUUUGUGAUGGUUUUGACUCAAAGAUGACCUGCACCCUACGCUUAUGAGCGACAGAGAAUCUCACAUUAACUAGGUCAAGAGGUUCCACACAGGGUGACCCAUGCUUUCUGAUGAGCUUGACUCCAAACCAGAGCUGCUGGUGCAGUUUGUACAGAACGCGUCCAUCCCGUUGGUGCAGGGUCUGGAGGACUCCGAGCCCAAACACUCCUGCCUGCCUCUGCUGGCUCCAGCUGAGAGCUCACUGUGCAGCCCGCUGGAGCUCACAGAUGGAGGCCUGAGCCAUGAGCCUGAGCGUUCACCCUCCCUGUCAGAAUUCGGAGGUGUGUCGGAGCGAAGCCCAUUAGUGGUCCAAACACACUCUCAUCCACGGGCCUCACCCAGCCCCCCACCCAUCCUCCAUGACCUACAACAGUCAGAUAGCACUUCCUACGUCCUACUGAACCUUGCGAAAGGCAUCACAGCCUCCUCAGAGUCCCUGAUCUUUGCCGCAGAUGGCGCCGGGGAAGAUGACGAUGAGGGGGUCUCAUCAGGGGACUAUGGGAUAGAUGGCAGUGCUCCCUGGUAUCUGCGGGUACAGGAGCUAGCACACGACAGCCUGAUUGCCGCCACGCGGGCACAGCUUGCGAGAGAUGCCAAGGCCAGCCAGGACGCCAGAGCUGCAAGUGUCAGUAACGGUGACCACACACACGGUUUGACAGCGGACGGGGAUAAGCGAGAGCUGCCGUCUCGGACCAGCCGCCCCCUCUCCAAGCAGAUCCUCCGCUGCUCAUUUGAGGGUUGCUGCAGGACGUUCACCUGGCCGGCUCAUCUCAAAUACCACCUCAAAACACACAGGAACGACCGAAUGUUCAGGUGCGGCGCGGAGGGCUGCGGGAAGAGUUUCUACGUGCUGCAGAGGCUGCAGGUUCACAUGAGGACUCACAACGGUGAGAAGCCCUUCAUCUGCAAGGAGAAGAACUGUGGCAAGAAGUUCACCACUGCUGGAAACUUGAAGAACCACAGACGCAUACACACAGGAGAGAAGCCUUUUCUGUGUGAAGCAGAUGGUUGUGGGCGAUCCUUUGCAGAGUAUUCCAGUCUACGAAAACACAUGCUCGUACAUUCUGGUGAGAAGCCUCAUCACUGUGGGAUCUGUGGGAAGACAUUCUCUCAGUCCGGCAGCAGAAACGUCCACAUGAGGAAGAGGCACGGAGAGGAGGGGCUCAGUGGUGAAAGCAGAGAAACAGGAGAGGCUCUGACACAGAGCAGCCUGCUGGAGGCAGACGGCGAAAAUGGAGACGGUAUGGUCACCAUGACAACAACUGUGGAGCCCCUGAAUCUCCACCAUGCCAUGCUGAGAUCACCAGGCUCUGCAGACUCAGUCGUAGUUCUCUCUCAGCCACAUGAGCUGGUGACCAUGACGACCGAAAGCCAUGCAUAUGGAGAAGAUGUGGUGGCGCUGCUGUAGUCUGCCAUCAUGAAAAAUGUCACACUGCAGCACUAGACUGACAGUCACAGUGGAUAACAUACCGUAGACAUCUAUUUGUAAAUAGAUUAAUCACUGACUUUCACCCCUGUAGAUAUUUGUAAUUAGUGACCGAUGAUGGUUUUAUUUUGACAAGUGUCAAAUGGCAAAGUUUGUAAACAACCUUUUUUCCUCAAGUUUUUGAAAACAAAUACUCCCAAAGAAAUGCUGAGACGGGUUUAAAGGUUUAUGAAAAUAUAAUGACCAUGCAUUGUUAUGUGCAUUAUCAUUGUAAACAGAAGUCUGAGGUUGAAAUGCAGUGAUGAUAUUCUCUAAUAGAAAAUGAGUCCCACUUAUUUUUAAAACUUCAAUGGCUGAUAUGAUUGACUGUCAAAUUUAAAUGUACCAGACACGUGAAUACCCCAUUAUCCUUAUUACUAAUUACAAAACACCUGAUAUUAAAAACUGCUAAAGCACAGUAUAUUACAUUGCCGCAUGUAAACACUGGUCUUGCACAGCACAACCAGCCUAACAAGAGUAAAACAACAACAAAAAAACAUCUAUUUCAAACAAAUUAUGUAUCCAGUAAUGCCCAAAGCUGCAUUAAUGGAGUGUGUUGUUGGUAACAUCUUUCACUCAAAUGUCAACCUCCAGUGCUUCACUUGUUCUGAGUAAGGCAACACAUUGCUCAUUUACAACCCAAUAUAUUAACACUUGAAUAAUUACUUUUUGUUUUUAAAUUAAGAAUUACUCAAGAGGUUAGUUCUGCCCUUAUGAAACAAAGUGCAGAUGUCUGGGACCGUGAGAUAAGGGUAGUGCACAUUAAAUGUUUGUUAUUGAGCACCACCUAAAUCAGCAGUAUUUGUUCCUCCUUUCUCCUCAGUGGAUCUUCAGGUUGUGGAAGUGGUCCAACAUGGCGCCCAAAGCCCAGCUUGCCUCCACGUUGUACACUUUCUUGGUCAACUAGGAGGGGAGAAAACCCAACACCAAAUCACUCAAAUGCCUUUUGUAUUUAUUGAAAUAAAAAUAAGUAACAGUU